CUUCCCCCUCUUCCUCCCCCCUCACCCCUCUACACCUCUCCCGCGGUAAACAUGUCCGACCAUCCUUUCGCCGCCGCGCGUCCGCGCCCCACCCUCAACCCUCUCAACCCCAGUCCGGGUGCCCCCAGCCCUCUCAGCGCCCCGCCGACGGCACGCGCCUCGUCAAGUCCCGCCUCCCCCUUUGGCGCCAUAAAGUCCAUCUCCCGCAAGAAACCCAUCGGCCUAGACAUUUCAAAGUCCAUCCCCAAACCUUCCCGCACCGUCUCCACUGUUGUCUCGGGUCCGGACUCGGCCGCCAAAGACGGUGCUUCCGUGUCUUGGGUCCCCGAGGCCGACCGUCUCCGUGACGAGAUCGCCCGUCUUCAGCUUUCCUCGCGCUCCAGCUGCUCAUCCUACAAUUCGGGGCCAGACUCUCCCACUUCCCUCUCUCCGCUCGCCACCGCCGAAUCCGCCUCCGUCGACACUCCCACCCCUCCCAGACCUCCACGCCGCCAGCACACUGCCCCUGAACUGCAGACAACCUCCUCGGCGUCACUUCACGCGUCAACGUCCAGCUCUGGUAGGAAGAAGCAUCACCACUCGAAUGGCGAGCGCAAGCGAAGUAAGAGGAAGGAAGAUGACGACAACCUCGUCAAGGAAGAGGACCUCACUGUACUGGCCGACCUGGGCGCAGGCAAUGGUGGUACUGUGACCAAGGUGUGGAACAAGAAGCGAAACUGCGUCAUGGCCAAGAAGCUCAUCCUCGUCGACGCCAAGCCCACAGUGCGCAAGCAGAUCGUCCGCGAACUACACAUCAUGAACGAUUGCGCGUCGCCAUACAUUGUCAGCUAUUACGGAUGCUUCCCCGUCGAUGUGCAUGUCGGCCUGGUCAUGGAAUUUAUGGAUGUAGGAUCUCUCGACUACAUCUACCGUCACACCGGUGCCAUCGCUCUCGAAAUUGUUGGCAAGGUCGCCGAGUCCGUCUUGAGAGGUCUUGUGUAUCUUUACGAUGUGCAUCGCAUCAUUCACCGUGACAUCAAGCCAUCCAACAUCCUUCUCAACUCGAAAGGUGAAAUCAAGAUCUGUGACUUUGGUGUGUCUGGCGAGCUCAUCAAUUCUAUCGCCAACACAUUUGUGGGCACCAGCACCUACAUGAGCCCGGAACGCAUCAAGGGUGCGCCGUACACGAUCAAGUCUGACGUAUGGUCGUUGGGCAUUUCGCUUGUCGAGCUGGCGCAAGGCCGCUUCCCGUUCGCUGAUCCCCCCCAGUCGGGCGACGAAGAGGAUGACCAGGCCACGCCCGUUGAGGAGCGCUUCGACCCAGAGGCGACGCUACCGGUCUCGUCGCGCAGACCAAACCUCUCGCCCAGACGCCACAGGAAGCGUGGCGUAUCUCUUGGCGGCGGAGGCAUGACAAUGUCGAUCCUUGACUUGCUUCAGCACAUUGUUAACGAGCCUGCGCCACGCCUGAUUGGGCGCGGAAAUCAGACCUUUGCGGAGAGCGCUGUUCAGUUUGUUGACUGGUGUCUCGACAAGGACCCGGCCGCCCGCAAGAGCCCACAGGAGCUUCUUCAGUCCGAGUGGAUCACUUCGUUGACAGUCACCCAAGCAGCCCUGCAGACAUGGGCGCAGGGCGUCGCCGAGUCGCUCAAGAACGACAAGUAGACGUAACGAUACCCCGGUCGCUGCCGCGCAGCCCCCCCCAUGGAUUCCCUCGUGUGCAUACCGGUUAAUUUCUCACCGCGCAUUCUGCCUCAAACUCCCUCCCAGCUCCCAUCCACAUGCUCCAUCCACUAUUUCGCCGUCUGGCGCUUCACAUUCACACGCCCUCGCGGCGCCCUGUACCCUGUCAAUACACUGCAUAUGCACCGAUACACGUCCG